CGGGGCUGAGGAUAAUAGGGCACAAAUUUUAUCAAACCUGCCGCAGCCGUGCCCAAGAACCACGCAGUCCUUUGUGAUCAGGCUCCAACGACAUGUCUACUCUCAACCACUUCACAGUCGACUGCAACGGUUCCACGCACAGUACAGGCUAAAUAUUCAAGGCUUCUACCUUAACGCACCUGUGGCGUUCGUUACGCGUUCGCAUCAGUUUAUUAGUUAUGGCACGAGGUGACGAUGCUCUUGCGGGCCGAGAAGAACCGAUCCCAGGCCAUAUUUUCCCCCCAGAUGCAGCCAAAGACAGGAUAAUAUACUUUAAAGGAGUCUAUCUCUCGAUUGUUGAUAAGGCCACGAACAAAGUGGGAACACAUAUCGAUAACGAAGUCCCUACAACUGAGUAUGACCCGUACAAGGUACCAGCUGGAUAUACUUGUUACGUCAGAGGUGCUAGCGUGUAUUUUCAACUCGGUACAUGAACCUCAAUCAGCAGGAGAAUCAGUCACUGGGUACGUUGGGCUCUGAAAAGAAAUUUAUGUAGGGCAGCUUUCGGUAUUAUGAGUGAACAAAUUACACGGUUCUCGUAGAAGUCAAAGUCAUUGACUUGAGAUCCCAUCCUAUCCCUCGGUAUGACGUUGUACG